UCCCAAAAACCCUCUUAUUCUGGCCUUCCAUUGGCUCUCCAUCGACAUCUGGCGGGGUAACUCCCCCUCUCAUUGGCUACCGUGCCUGUCUUUCACAAAGCUGGCGAUCCCGACGAUGAUGUCACCGUUGUCAUUCGCCAUUUUGGACUGAAUAGAAAAUUUGUGCAGAAGCGAAUUGGGUUGAGGAGAGAGAGAAGGGGGAAUUCUUUCAAGUCCCUUUUAUUUAUUUUUUUUUCCUGCAGACGAAGAAAAGGUGUGUUAUAUUUUUUAUACAGAGUAAGAAAAAAAUGUCGUCAGAAAACCAAGAAUCAGAGACACAGUUGGAAUCUGGCGAAGAAAAACAGGAUUCACAGGAGAAGGACUCCAACCCAGUGAAGGCAGAAGAGGCCAAGCUGAAAGCCAAGUACCCCAACCUGGGCCAGAAACCUGGGGGCUCCGACUUCCUCAUGAAGAGACUACAGAAAGGGCAAAAGUACUUCGACUCGGGCGACUACAACAUGGCCAAAGCCAAGAUGAAGAACAAGCAGCUGCCGGCGGCCGGGCCGGACAAGAACCUGGUGACGGGCGACCACAUUCCCACGCCGCAGGACCUGCCCCAGAGGAAGUCUUCGCUGGUGACCAGCAAGCUGGCGGGCUAACAGGAGCCCCUGCCCUCCCUCCCUCCCUCCCCCCGUCCUCCCCCCCCUGCACACUCCUCCUCCCCCCCCCUUCGCCCCCUCGCCUUCGCCAUCUCCCUCUGUCCACUGCCAGGCUUCCCUGGGGCGUUGUGGUGGGGGUGUGGGGGGCAUGCUCUGGAGGUGCAUGCGCUGCACUGGGUUUUUAGGGGUGGUGCAGAAGAUGAGCGGAGGGAAGGUGGGGCGAGAAAGAGUGCAGCUCCCCCCAAAACUCUCACUCGACGCCUCCAUGUUGUAAGCAGGCCCCAGGUCUUGGGGUGCCGGGUGCCUUGGUGAGGGCAGGCCAGACCGACACACUAAUGCAUGCUUGGCUGACCAACCAUCCCCCCCCACCUCCCCCCUUCCCUACGGCAUCAAGCAACACUAUAUUUCCCGAAUUUGCCGAAAGGAUCCCUGUGGAGGGUGUUCCAGUCUCCUGACGGGGGGUGGGGGGGGUGUGGGGAUCAAGAGCUGCUUUCGAGACUCGACAGGAGGACAGGGGGGGAGGCUGAUUCCUCUCGUCCAGUGUAGUAUUUUUUUCCCCGCCCCGAGCGAAGUGUUUUUGUAAAAGCCUCAGCAGGGAUGUGGGAACGAGGAGGGCGGAUGUUGGGGGAAACGCAGGAGGGCUGAGAGCCCUGCAAAGUGGCGGCAGGAAUGCAAGCGCUCUCUUUUUUUUUUUUUUUUAAUGGAAUCGACAAGGGAGCUGUUGAUCGGAUCCUUCGCAGGAUUCUAACGUUGGCCGGAUGUCGGAGUGAAAUUCCUUUGGGAUGUGAUCCUUGAUACCCCCCACUCCCCACCCCGCACCCCUGUGGUGUCCAAUUUUUUUCCUUUCGCGGUGAUGUAGCUAGGCCCAGAAGAAUUUGAUUUUAUCUCCCAGGCUUGUAAAAAUGAAUGCCUUGAAAAGGAGAAUAAACUCUUAACCCCCAGCUUUGGGGACUUUCUGAAGGAGGGGAGUCUUGUCUUCCCUGUCUGCUCGUGGAGCCCGGGAGCUGAUUGUUUUGGAUCUGGAGAAGGGAAGUUACAGAUUUGGGGGGGUGUUCUGUGCCUGUUAGUGAACGAAGGCUUGUGUAUGGCUGAUGAAGAGGAGGGUGAGGGGCCUCUGAUGGCUCUGUAACUCAGGAGUACGUAUCCCAGGGGGCUCUGGAAGUGUUUUUUUUAAAAAGGGGGCGUUUGGACAGUUCUGGAGGUCACUGGGGUCACUAGGGUCACUGGGAAGAGCAUUGUUCCUAAUGCUGCCUUUUCUGGAGAGGAGUAAACAGCCCUAAACAGCGACAAGGCAACGCCCCCUCCCCUUCGACCUUCGACCUCCCCAUACCUUCCCAUCCUCACCCUAUGCCCCCCCCACCGCACACACCCCUGACAGCAGCACCGCGAUCUGGCGGCCUGGUGUGGGCCCAGGGCAAGGCGAACCCCCAGCACUCCUCCUCCGGCUCCUGCCAGGCUGCGUCCCGGGGGCCGGGCUGGGGCAAAGAGGAAAUGGAUCAGAACGGGAGCUGAAGGAAUCGGAAGCUCGGCCGGCUGGAAGUGACCCUUUGAUCCCGGGGUGAAUCCGAAGAGCCCGGACGGAGUGUGCUGGUGGCCUUUCCAGAAAAGGUGCUGGGCUGCUGUUAUCCCUCUCCCCACUGCCUCCCCUGGCUGCUUCUGGUUAAGUGGGACUGCGUGCUGUCUGGAUUGUGGCUCCACACUCUACACAUCUUCUGUCCUGGGUCAGGGACUCCUUGCUAACUGAACUCCUGCUCCCCCAGCAUCCCCCCUGAAUCCCUUAUCCCCAUGUUUCCUGGCUGUCCGUUGGGAUCAGAAGGUUCUGAUGGAUGAGAGCGUUCUGGGAGUCUUUUUCCUGUCUCAUCUGUGCUACAAAAGACUGCUUGACUCUCUGGGGACUUGUCUUGUCCAACACCCUGGAAGUUGACUUUGCUAAAAAAAAACAUAAAGAGGGUUUCUGAUGAUGUAUUGUGCUGGUUUUUAAGAACCUAAAUAUAAAAGGAAAGUUCAUAGCGCUGUUAUAUUUUGAAUUUUCGUUUUUUAAUAUGAUUUACAUGGCUUGAAAAGACGCCAGUGUGUUUUGACUUAGAUCUAAUCCUAAGCUUGGGUUGACAUAUCAGUUUGCUUUGUCAUUUUCAAGCCCUUCGGGGAUAACGCCUUUGAGUCUAAUGCGUUUACCCAGCUUGGGUUCUCGAGACGUGCUGACCCGACCCAGGUGAGAUAGAACUCAUGGUGGUGUUCUUUGUAAAUCGUCUGGUCCCGUCUCGGCUUUAAAUCUAGAACCUCAGCAGUGAUGUGGUUCAGCCCGUCUCAUUCCAAGAAAUCCACCUUGCUUUCCGUUUCCCUGAAGGGGAAGUCCUUGGAAACGAGGAGAUCCCGAGUGAAACUCUGCAAAGCGAGGGCUUUAAUUUAUGAGUAAAGACUCGUUGAGAUGAGCUCCAGUUUGAAGGGGGGGGAAUUAUCCAGUGGCCAAAUCAAAUAGCGUCUUGUGGAGCCUGUUAUUAAGACCGAGGAAGAGCAUGACCUGAUGAUGGCUCAGGUCUGGAUCGCGGGAGGGAGAGUGUGCGUGAUCAUCAUUGGAUCUUCCGUUCCCGUUAGGUAGACUUUCCCAAGAGGAAAAGCCGAGCUCGGGCACGGAGUUUGGAUUUAGCGGGUGGGUGGGCAUAUUGGGGGGAAAAUCGGGAGCUCUCUGCCAACUUGCCGCAGCCCACCCCAGCCUCUGCUUCCUGUUUUUUCGGCGUUGUCCGAUUAUUUAUCUUUUUGUCGCUGGAGAGGCUGCUGGGAUCCUGCGCCCCCUUCUGACCUCAGGGCAGCAUCCCGGCCGCAGAGGUCAGACCCUCCUGAGCGUCGCGCCAAACUGACAAAUAGAUCAACACCGCCGUUAUCCCCCGGGAAUGGGCCCACAUGGGCUUUAUAAAUCCACCCCCCUGCCCCCUGACACACACUAGACUCGCACAUAUCACAGUUUCCAGGGGCAGGGAGGGGUGAGUGUGACACGAUCGGCACUGUGUUUCGCACCCCGCAGGAGCGAGCUGUGGAUCUCUGAGUGGUGUGAUGCCAUCGGUCCGGAGGUAGAAGGAGUUGGUGCUCCGAGGCAAUAGGGGUGAAUGAGCGUUGUGGUCCCCGACAACCCCGUCUUGCUGUCGCGCGAGGUGGAAAGGGCGGGUUACUCUGCACCAGUGAAAAGGAGGAGGAGGGGAGGAAUACUGGGAGUAUUUUUUUAGAAUAAAGCCGCUGCCUGCGCAUCUGCCCUGCAGCGCGAGUUAUUGAGCAAGAAUGGCCUCUGAUCAGUUCUGAACCUGAAGCUGAAAUAAAACUCAUGGCAAAAGAGUUCUCUUAGACUGCUUUGCCGUAUGGACCGCCUGCUCAAGGGAGAGGUUUUUGGGGAUGCGCAUGACCCGAACCAGGCUGUACAUUCGCAUUUCUAUCUUCCAGCUCGCUGUAGAAGCCUGUGUGCCAUGUUUGACAGGCCCUGCAUUACCGGAACACUCCACUAGAGGGCAGAGCAGUAGAGCCUGUGCUUCAGAGGGGCCACCUGUUUAAACCAUGGUUCCUUGUCCCAGGGUUGGGAACCACUCCGAGACUGACUGAGGAAAAAGAAGUCCUGUUCCGUGUGGGGAGUGUGCACGUUUUUGCAUUUGCUGUGUUGCCUCCCCACACACUGAUUUUUUUGUUUUUUCUUCUCCUUUUGUACAAUACCGUGAUAUGCUCGGUUCCUGGCUGCGGUCGUCCUGUAAAUAGUUGCACACUCUUCUGUUUUUGUUUUUGUUUUUUUGUCUUUUUUCCUCGGCCGAUGUCUCCAGGAAAACUCCUCUCGUGCUUUUCUUUCCCGGCGCGUUCGGCUGCCGGGGGAGGCUUCUUCCUUGCUUCCUGUCCUCCUUGGCGUUGGUGGGUUCCCCACUCUUCCCCGCAGAGCAGGAGUCUCGGCCGGUGGGCCUUUUGGCCUCCCUGGAGGGGGCGACGGCGCCCCCUGGUGCUUGAUCCGUGCUGGGCUCCCUGCUCCCCUCUGGGCCGGUUUGCCCCUGCGUGUGUCGCGCUCGGCAGGCAGUCAUCCGCCCCGGUGGGGUGGGGGGGGCGCCCUCAGAUCCUGGGUGCUGCCCGGGCUGUGGAGAGCGAAGCCAGUCUGGAGGCCUGUCAGUUAUCGCGGUUUCAUUCUCUCCUCUCCCCCACUGAGCAACGUGUGCGGAGAAGCCAGUUUCCUUGGAGCUGUUUUGGGUGGAAAAGCCAGUUGUUGGGAAUAGCAGAACUCGUCUGACGGCCAGUGACGAGCGGUAAGAGAGCCGCCAAGCCUCGCCUACAGGCCGGUGACCUGGAGGUGGUUUCAAGCCGGCUGAGCUCUUCCCAUAGUGCACCAUUGUAUACAGAGUGCUUUAACUCCCUGACGGUGUCCAGGGGCAUGGAGGACAGGGGUGCACUGUGUGAAUCUCGUAGGGAAAUGUGUCAGAUUUGACAUGCACACCCCCGUCGGCUUUUAAGUUGCCCUUCAUCUCCAAUAUCUUAAUGCCGCCAUUCAGAGUUCGCAGGCAACGGGGGUGUGAGAGAACCCAUAGGCGUUUACUUCAGAUGUCCUCUUGAUUUACCUUCUGGUCUCCUGCAGUGACGUGCACUGUAUGUAAUGCUGUUUUGCCGAUUUAGCUUAAAAGCUCAGUUUGCCCUGUCUGUUCUGGCAACAAAGCUAAAUAACAGCCUCUAGGAAGACUUUUCAGAGCAGAUAACCAGGAAGUGCAUGUGAGGAAGGCAGUCAGUAACGCACCUUGUCAGGUGCAACGAUGAUGCGCGUCCCCUCACUUUAACCCCUGGUAUGUCGCUUUAAGGAGCCUUUUUUAAUUUUGUGAUUGUGAUUUCGCAUGGUGAAGCAACGAUAACAAAAAUAAAAAAAACAGCCAAUCUGAGUUCUCCUGGCAUGCACUUUUAUACAGUUUCAAACUGGCUCACACCUCAUUCGCUUCUUUCUGCUGCUCUCUCCAGACGCCACCAGACGGCUCAACCUCUAAUUGAUAGCUGAUUCUGUUCUCUGGCUGCACGGGGGGGGUUGAGUCCCUGUCCCGCAUGGCUCAGGAGGGCUGCUGUUGGUUUACACAUGACGAAGAAAUUAAAUGAAAGGGCUGCAACUCAGAUCGAAGAACUAGGUACACAUAACGACAGAUUUAAGGCACUUUUUGUUCCUUUUGUACAGCUGUGACCGCAGCUGCUAGCCGGGGAAAUUUGGAAGCGGACGGGCUGGUGUAGACCCAAGGUGCAGGGUGUGUGCGAUGUGGGCCGAGACCACCGUCUUCUCCCGUUCGUGGGAAAAGCAGAGUCGUCCUCGGGCCUGACCGCUGGCUAGCAGAAUGCAAUUGCACAGUCACCUUGUUUCUCCCGUCGUGAAAUUUCCAAGAUUUACAGCAAAAACAUACAACAACCCCCCCUCCCCCAGCCUAACCUAACUCCAGCCUUGCGCCUGUCGGGGAUGAUAAGGAUUGAGAGGUGCAGAUGUCUGCUAACAUGGGCUUUAUGUGUCAGGUUAGAACAUGGAUGUUGAGUCAGGAGGGGGGGGGUUAAUUUAAACAAAAGGCGCAAAUGUAUAAUAGAAAACGCGGGAAGAGGAAAAAGCAUUUUUUUCGUCUGUAUUUGAAAUAAAGUUUUACAUUAAUUGGAA